AUGACUCUAUGCAAUCCAUUUGCCAUCGGUAGUCAAAUCAAUCAAAUCAUAUGCGCCUUUCUAAUAUCUGUGCCGAUUUUUACGUAUGGAGCCAGUAUAGGAUGGAUGUCGCCGAUGACUCUGCUGUUGCAAUCAGAACAUUCACCAAAAGGUCAUCCUCUAACUGACUCUGAGAUAUCAUGGAUGGCAUCUUUGCCAUAUCUUUCGUGUGUACCAGGGACAUAUUUAAUGGCAUAUAUUGGCGACACUUUGGGACGAAAAGCCACACUUCUUUUCAUGUCUGCCGUUUCAAUCGCUAUCUGGACGCUUAAAUUAUGUUCCAUGAAUAUUUGGGUCUUUAUAACUGCUCGAAUCCUGGUCGGCAUUAUUAUGGCUGGUGGCUGCGUCACCUGCCCCACUUACAUUAAGGAAAUUAGUGAGGACAGCAUUCGAGGAGCCUUGGGAUGCUGGGGAGCUCUUUUCACGGCAGUUGGAAAUCUAUUUAUAUACAUAAUUGGAGACCUUCUAAGUUAUAAAGACAUAUUAUAUGUUAUGGUUUCAAUACCAGCUGUACACUUCAUUGUAUUCCUCACUAUGCCGGAGACGCCAUCUUACCUUGUAAAGAGAGGUAGACUCGAAGAUGCAACUCGCUCCUUAGCUUGGCUGCGAUGUAGAAGCACAUUAGACCCGCUCAUACAACAAGAAUUGGAAAACCUUAUGAAGGAACAACAUGUGGACGAGGAAAAGAAACAGUUUAUGCUUAAGAGCAUAGUAACUGACAAAACGCUAUUCAAAGCUUUCCAAAUAGCCUUAAUAGCAGCCGUAUCCAGGGAAGUAUGCGGUGCUGUACCGGUUCAAAAUUUUGCUGGAGACAUAUUUAACUUAGCCUCCCAAGAAGGAACUGGAUUAGUGUUAAGCCCGAACCAGCAGGCAAUGAUGCUUGGUGCGGUGCAAUUGGCUGGAUCUCUUCUAGCUUCCAAUGUAGUGGAGAAAUGUGGAAGAAAGUGGCUUAUGCUGGUCACGUGUUUAAUUUCUGGACUGAGUAUGUGUAUCCUGGCGACCUGGUUCCUCAUCAGGGACUAUGACAUUAUGGUAUCCGCUUGGAUCCCAGUUCUAACGUUGUGUGUGUGCAUCUUCUGCGAUGCUGCUGGUCUUAUGCCUAUAAGUGUGGUUAUCACCGGUGAAAUAUUCUCUUUUAAGUAUAGAGGUACAGUGUUAGCAACAGCGAUGGCGAUCGCAUCUGUGGCGGAUUUCUUCCAACUGUUAUUCUUCAAACCGCUCGCCAAGUCUAUCGGCGUUUUCUCGGCGUUUUAUUUCUUCGGUGCGAUGUGUCUCUUGACUGUUAUAUAUGUUAUUUUUAGAAUACCGGAAACCAGAAAUCGUACUUUACAAGAGAUACACGAGGAUUUAAGGGCUAAUUAA